AUGCCUCCAAAGAAACCACUACGAUGCGGGGCGUGUAAGGCAGUUAUAUAUUGUAACAAAGAGUGCAGCAAACACGACUGGAAGUAUGGAACAGGGUUAAGGUUCUCUACUCACAAACAGCUAUGUCCCGACAACAAGAGACACAUGCUACGUCUCCCGGAGACUCAAGCGAUCCUAACUUCCUUUCCUUGGGGCCGCCUCGAAACGGACGGUACCUUCAACAAUAGCAUCGCCCGGGGCCGCUUCGACGUACUUGGUGGCUCCGGAUUCGGUUUUUGGAGUCACAGAGGCGGGCCGAUUCCCCACCAGAACAUGGGCGAGCUCAGAAAAGCUUUGGCCGAAGGCUCGCCCUACAGCGCUAUGCUAAAAUCCGAACUCGGUAAAUUCGACCACCUCGAUGGGAAGGACCUCUUGAGUACGAAGCAUCUCACCGAUUCUGAAGGCUGGAAGUUGCCUGAUAGGCUGAUUCCAUACCGAGAUUUCGCGUCUGUGGGUAAGAAGCCUCAGCUGGUGGAGCGGGAGAUUGAUGGUUGGGACGCGUGGCACGAAUGGCGGAAGCUCCCUAGGGAAUCUCCCGCUGCACUUCUUAUGAGCUUUCCCCUGAGCGCGUAUUGGUUGAUUGUUCAUUGUUUGGAGGUGACUGGUCCUAGUGCAGGGAGUACGGGAAAGCGGGUACCGCUUCUCAUUCAUGCCAUUGGUGCCGAAGUGGAGUUAAAUUAUCUUCCUCUGUUCUCUGAAAUAGCACUCUUGUUGCCGUACCAUGACAUCAAGCUCCUGCUCUUCGGCCAGAGCGUCGAGAAACUCGUCUCAGAGGCGAAGAAAUCCCACCCACAAUCCCUCGUCGCCAAGUCAUCCUCCUCUUCCCCAGUCUUUGCUUAUAAAGCUCCAAAGGAAUGCGGGAGCGGCUCUAUCGAAAUAUUCUUGCACGGGGAUUCACCCACCUCGUCUCCAGACAUAGUAGAUUCCCGCCGCCCUGACGCGAUCAUCGCCUUCAAUGCCGGCCUUGGGUCGUACAAAGAAUGGAUCCCCGUCGUCCAGACGGCGCAUCUAUUGUCGCUUCCUUUUGCUGUCACUAAAUACGCGGAGCUGUCGUGCGAGCAGCAGCGUUCGAUGUUUCCCCGGAUGUUACUUGGGUUUCGUGUGCCUGCGAGGAGGGAAUACGCGAUUGACUUAAACCCAUUCCAGACGCCGGGGCAGCGUGGUAUACCGAUGUACCGCUUGCCCAAUGUGGUGAAUGGGUUUACGCUGGUGGUGUGGAAGUCGGACGGUGAUAUCGAAGCUGGAAGUGAACUUGGAGUUGUGGGGCAAGAGCCUGAGGCCUUAGCGAACACUGGAUAUUAAAUGUGCCAGAGGGAAGACAUUAGAUUCAAAGCUAGAAAUAUGUGAACCCGUCGAAGGUCAGGAAUGAGAUGUAACAAAGAGGGAAGAUGCACCAGUAAGCAGUAUCCUUAAUUACAUG